UGUGGCUGCCCUGCACGGCCAGUGGAUUACAGGGAGCGCCGGGCUGGAGGAGCGCUCAGCAGCGAGAGGACAUGGUGGCGCACGAUGACGCUGGGGGGCUGCUCCCCAUUAAAAGGACUAUUCGGGUGAUCGACGCGCAGAAUCAGACUUUCAGGGAACAAGAGGAGCCUAGCAAUAAACGUGUCCGAUCCCUGGCUCGGGUAACCUCCUUGGCAAACCUGAUUUCUCCUGUAAGAAAUGGUGCAGUGCGGCGAUUUGGCCAGACAAUACAGUCAUUCUCCCUUCGCAGUGACAACAAAUCACCAGGUAGUGCUCAGAAGCUGUGCAGCCGGUUAACUGCCCCAACGCCUCCCAAAAGAAGAAACAGCGUGCUUUGGUCUGAGACGCUGGAUGUCAAUAUGAAGGAGACCCUGAGCACCAAAGAAAUCAAACGUCAAGAGGCAAUAUACGAACUUUCUCGGGGUGAGCAGGAUUUGAUUGAGGACCUGAAACUUGCAAGAAAGGCUUACCAUGACCCCAUGUUGAAGCUAUCCAUUAUGUCCGAAGGGGAGCUCACUCACAUCUUUGGGGACUUGGAUUCCUACAUCCCGUUGCAUGAAGACUUCCUGGAGAAACUGGGAGAAGUGACACGACCGGAUGGGACCGUGGAGCAGAUUGGACCCAUUCUUGUGGAAUGGCUACCUGGACUGAACGCCUACAAGGCCUACUGCAGUAACCAGCUGGCCGCCAAAGCCCUCCUAGACCAGAAAAAGCAAGACGCUCGAGUCCAGGACUUCCUGCAGCGUUGCCUUGAGUCUCCUUUCAGCCGCAAGCUGGACCUCUGGAGCUUCCUGGAUAUUCCUCGCAGUCGUCUGGUCAAGUACCCUCUUCUCCUGAAGGAGAUCCUUAGGCACACGUCCAACGACCACCCUGAUGCCCAGAGUCUGGAAGAAGCAAUCUCCAUCAUCCAAGGAGUUCUCUCGGACAUCAACUUGAAGAAAGGGGAAUCUGAAUGCCAGUACUAUAUCGAUAAGCUGGAGUACCUUGAUGAGAAGCAGCGGGACCCGCGGAUCGAAGCUAGCAAAGUUUUGCUUUGUCACGGAGAGCUGAAGAACAAGAAUGGCCAUAAGCUCUACAUCUUCCUUUUCCAAGAAAUCUUGGUCCUCACUCGGCCUGUGACACGUAACGAGCGCCAUUCUUACCAAGUGUAUCGCCAGCCGAUUCCGGUACAGGACCUGGUGCUGGAAGAUUUGCAAGAUGGAGAUGUCAAAAUGGGAGGAUCGUUCCGAGGUGCAUUUGGCAAUUCUGAUAAAGCAAAAAACAUCUUCCGGGUCCGCUUCAGGGACUCUGCCUCAGGCCAGUCCCACACGCUGCAGGCCAACGAUAUUUUCCACAAGCAGCAGUGGUUCAACUGCAUCCAGACAGCCAUUGCCCCCUUCCAGCCGAGUCCCAUGCCUUUUGAGCUGAAAGAGCUGCCAGAGCUGAGCGAGGAGGGGGAAGAGAACCACCCCUUUGGGUCCAGCGCCAAGAUCCAGAGAAGGCAGCCUUCCGUCUCAGGCAGUUUCCGCAUGGAGCUAGACGAGAACAACUCCGAAGUGGACCUGGCAGGAGAGUCGAAGAACGUCAAGCUGUACAGGAUGCAUUCUGGGGUCAGGAGGACGAGGGACAAAGCUCAGCUCAGUAUCAAGCGGAAAGAGACUCUUGUUUAAAAAAGGGGCGAGUCAUUUCUUCGCUCUUUUAUUUAUAAAUAAAGUGUACAUUUUCUUUCCUGUAAUGUGAGAAUGGUGAAGGUUGCUCCUUCUGUCUGGUUUUCCUUGUUAUUAUUUUUGUUUUAUAUGUGAGUCUUUUUUUUUUUUUUUAAU